AUGGAGAAAGAAACAGAGAUGAAAGUAUCCAAGUUCAAGAGGAUUUGUGUCUUCUGUGGCAGUAGUCCAGGGAAUAAAACUUCUUACAAGGAUGCUGCUAUUGAGCUUGGAAAGGAAUUGGUGUCAAGAAAUAUUGAUCUUGUAUAUGGAGGGGGCAGCAUUGGUUUGAUGGGGUUGAUUUCUCAGGCUGUCUAUGAGGGUGGUCGCCAUGUAAUUGGAGUUAUUCCAAAGACACUUAUGCCAAGAGAGCUCACUGGAGAAACAGUGGGGGAAGUGAAGGCAGUAACAGACAUGCAUCAAAGAAAAGCAGAGAUGGCUAAACGCUCUGAUGCCUUUAUUGCCUUACCCGGUGGGUAUGGGACACUUGAGGAACUCCUUGAGGUGAUAACAUGGGCUCAACUUGGAAUCCAUGAUAAACCGGUGGGAUUGCUGAAUGUUGAUGGAUACUACAAUACCUUUUUGUCUUUCAUUGACAAAGCAGUGGAAGAAGGCUUCAUCAGUCCCACUGCUCGCCAUAUAAUUGUAUCAGCCCCAACUCCAGAAGAACUUGUCAAAGAAAUGGAGGAAUAUUUUCCACAACAUGAAAGAGUUAUCCCAAAGUUGAGCUGGGAAAGUGAACAACUACAUCAGUGUUCUCAUUAA